GUGGAAUGAACGAAAAAUGUUAUGCAGUGCUUUUAAUAAUCACAUUUAAAAUUAUUAAUCAAAAUAUAGAAAUAAUUCACCAUUAGCUCGAAGGACACAAGGCCGUCGGGACCAAAAAAGAAAAAAAACAGUGACAGCUCUUUAAUCUAAAAGAAAUAGCUACUUACAAGUGUAAAUCCAUUUGAUCCGAGUGACCUGAGAAUAAAAUCACGCAUAAGCGAGAUUUAUGUGAUGAACACUGAAUAUUAUAGAGUUGACCUUAAUUAUUUGCUUCUAAUAAAUGUUCAGUGGAACGAUGCGUAAUCACCUGAAACUCGUUUUUUGCGUCUGUUCGUGUUUGUAGAUCGACUUUGUCAUCAGCUCGUGUUUAGUCGUCACUGUCAUUUAAAGGGUCACUGAUAUCUUUCCACACAGGGCUGCAGCUCUCCUCGGGUGUUUAAGGGUUAACGGGUUACGCGUUCUGGGUGUUCUGAAAUCUGUGGACGCUCCCCGCAGCCAAUCAGAAGUUGGGACGGGUGUCUGUCUGGCCAAUGGGAGUGCGCUGAGGGUCAGUGUCAGGCGCAGGUGAAGUGUACAGUAGCGCUGUGUUCGUUCACACUCGCGUUCUGGCGACGUGGACGCGCAUCACCGAUAUCCCCUUCACGCGCGCCGCGAUGCGAGCGAGCUGCCGCCUCGGGGCUCAAUCUCCAUCUGACCCGGAUCUGGAGCUCCUCACCCCGUCGCUUUAUAGUCAACAGUGACUUCUCCUGCUGAGGAUGGCUGUGCGCAGUAACUCUCUGAUGCCGUUCUCCAUUCAAGCCAUCCUGAACCGAGAAGACGAGUCUCGCCAUUUGAACGAUCUGGAGGUGUGUUUCUCAAAAAGCGCUUGUUGGAAGAUCUUCGGUGAAAUGGAUGGACCGGACAGGAGCGACGAGAGAGAGCACAAGAACUACGACUCGGACUCCGGGAUGAGCGAGGACAACGACAGUAAAGCGCAGAUCGACGCAAAGCCCGAGAAAGACGCAGAUUUAGCGGAAGAAACGGAUCCGGAGUCCCCGGCGGAGCACUGCAGAGCCCGGGACCGUGUGUCCGACUGUCCAGGCGGCGAGGAGAAGAGCAGCGAUCAGCCCAAGCAGCGGAAGAAGCGCUCGCGCGCCGCGUUCUCUCACGCGCAGGUGUUCGAGCUCGAGCGCCGCUUCAAUCAUCAGCGCUAUCUGUCGGGACCGGAGCGCGCGGACCUCGCCGCCUCCCUCAAACUCACCGAGACGCAGGUCAAGAUCUGGUUCCAGAACCGACGGUACAAAACCAAGCGACGCCAGAUGGCCGCCGAUCUGCUGGCCUCGGCCCCGGCGGCGAAGAAGGUGGCCGUGAAGGUGCUGGUCCGGGACGACCGGAGACAAUACAGCCCCGGAGAACUACUGCGACCUCCGCUGCUCUCCUAUUACUACCCGUACACGUACUGCCUGCCCGCCUGGAGCCUGUCCUCCGCGUGCACGGGAAGCCAGUGACACCGGGACUUACACUAUUUAUUCGACUAAAGACAUUCGUUACCUGAACACGCCGGGCCCGGUUCUACGGGGGUGCUCAAACGAAACCAAUAGCACUCUCA